ACAAAUGGAAUGGCCAUGCACGGCGCGCGGCUUGGCAGUAGCUCUUUCUAUAUGGGCUCACUUGGGCGUAGCUUUUGUCUACUCGCCCACUCUGCAAAGCAGAAGCGGAGUGAAGUCGGUCACAUCGGAGCGGAUCAGAAUCCAGAUGGGGCUCGCCGAUGACAUGGUGCCAGCUAUUUGCAGGCGGUAUGGGGAAGCCGCUGCGGGACGAGUAAUCGAUGCGUGGAAACGGGGCAUGGUAGGAGAGGUUACCAGGAAGAAAUGGGAGGGUAAGGGCUCACAAGUGGCGGCCUCCUACAUUGAAGGCUUGGAGGCGGAGCCAUGGCACAACGUCGCUCGGUAUCCGUGGAUAGCCGCACUGGAGAAAAACGCUGGUAUCAUUCGGGACGAGCUUCGCCGCCCCUCUUCCGAAAAUGUUGGUGAUAGUGCUGAAUGGGUCCCUGCAGCCCAGGAGGACGCGGAGGCGUAUGGACCGGGCUGGCAGAAGAUGGUCCUGCAGAAUCGUGUUUGGGAUUCGGUAGCUUGCAGUCGUUUUCCCAUGACCUGUGCAAUACUGGAGGAUUGUGGCGCCCCUUCUCACGAAGUUUUCUUUGCCAGACAACGUGCGAGGUCAGGCAUAAAGCCCCACACGGAUAACUCCAAUUUCUUCGUUACUGCUCACCUUCCGCUGGAAGUGCCCGACGGAGGGGGGUGCUGGAUAAGGGUUGGCACGGACGAGAAGCGGGAGUGGCAGGAGGACAGAGUGGUCACCUUUGAUUCGAGUUUUGUGCACGAGACAAGGAACGACGCUUCGUCCGACCGAAUCAUUUUGUUGGUUAGAUUUUGGCACCCGCAACUCACCCAGGUGGAAAGAAGUGCUUUGAAUUUCAUCUUCAGCGCGCUGGAGGACUCGUCAAUUUUAGAUGAGCCGUAUGACCCAGUGCUGGAGUUGAAGGACUCGGACUCCACCGGGUCGGUGGAUGUCGAACCCAGCUUACCUGUCUCGGCGAACCUUGGCGUUGGCAGUGGAUUGGACGAGACAACUUCAACGGAGGGUACGGGACCCGCCAAAGAUAUCACCUCCAAUGGACCGCCUAAGGCCCCUGUACCUCUGCCCGCGAGUCUUGAUGGAUCACAAGGGAGCGUUGAUACGGAGGCCUUACAUCCUCCUCCAGAGGUUGACUCUGCAAAGUCCCCCAGGGUAGAAUCGGCGGAGUCAGUUUCCGCAGCCGGUAGUGUGGAGCCACAGGAGGCUAUUAGUGUGAAGCCCCUGGGAGAUGCCGCAGAGGCGGAACGCCUAGAUGGCUUCCUUGCAGAUCUGAAAUCCGAAGGGUUGCUGCCGGGUGCUGGUACGAAGGAUGAUGUUUUGGCCCAAGGACCAAAAAAUCGAAGAGAUAGAAGAAAGGCUUCCAAAGCCAGAAAGAAGGCCUCUCGACCGGGCAAAGGAAAACGGCGCUAAAGCAAUGGAAGGUUCAAAGCACGAGCAUUUUUCGCGAGGUCUUGUUGCGUUUAUAACUGAGGGGGCGAAGGUAAAGUCAUGAAGGAGAAAAGUUACAGUUG